GUUUAAAGUAUCCAAUACAUAUCGUUAUUUCUGUUUGGUUUCUAUAUUUUCCCUCCUGACUCGAGUUCUCUGUUAUUGGGUGCCUUAGUUUCUAGGGUUUUGUUUUGUUUUGUUUUUUUCCCUUAGAUUUUCCAUGGAAUCCGAGCAUAGAAAGUUGUUCGUAGGAGGAAUUUCACAGGAGACUAAGGAAGAGAACUUGAAAGAACACUUCAUCAAGUAUGGAGAAGUAAUAGAAUCUGAAAUUAUCAGAGACAGAACCACGGGUAAUGGAAGAGGGUUUGGUUUCGUCACAUUGGCUGACCUAUCUGUGGUUGCUACAGUCCUUCAAGAUGAGCACAUCAUUCUGGGAAGAAAGGUUGAGGUUAAAGUAGCCAAACCCAAAGAUGAGCAGUUGAGUAAUAAGAAGAUUUUUGUUGGGGGUUUACCACCAAGCUUAACCGGGGAAGAGUUGAAGGAGUAUUUUGGGAAGUUUGGUGCGAUCACAGAUGGAGUCGUAAUAUGUGACAAGGAAAGUAACAGAUCAAGGGGUUUUGGAUUUGUAACUUUUGAUUCGGAGAAUGUUGUGAACAACAUUUUGCAAAACAAGUUCUAUGAAUUGAAUGGUAAAUCUGUAGAAGUAAAGAAGGCAACCCCUAAGCACAACAGUAGUAGGCAUACUUAUGUGUAUGAAACUAACCAUAUAGGAAGUAUUUACCUGCCAAAUUUUCAUCAUCCGUUUGGAUGUAUGCCCUCUUAUGGAUAUGCCUAUCCGAGUAGUUGUAACCCAUUAGGUUGUGGAAAUUCUUAUCUAUAUCCCAAUGGUUGGGAUAAUAAUGUAUAUAUCCCACAUCUACCAAUCUUUGCUGAAAAUUAUGUUGGUCGUAAUACUUGUUAUGGUGUUGAGAAUUACUGUUUUCCAAACGGUGGGAUUACAACUGAGGGUAAUUUUGAUGAAAAUAUCACUGGUCGAGGAAAUGUUCAGACCAAUGAUGAUGGUGAAAAUCUUUUGAUUCCAGCUGCCAAUGGUACUUCUGGUGAAGAUGAUCUUGAAAAUAUUGAGAUUAUAGCUGAGGGUAAUUUUGACGAAAAUGUUGCCAGUGGAAAUGUUCAGACCAAUGAUGAUGCUGAAAAUCUUUUGAUUCCAGCUGCCAAUGGUAAUUCUGUGGGGGUUAUCCUGUCUCGGACCAAUGAUGGUGGUGAAAAUGACAUUCCAAAAUCUGUUGUUCCCAACUGUAUGAUCUUGUCUCAGACUAAUGGUGGUGCAUUCUUGUCGGAAGAAGAUGAAGCUGAACAUGACCUUGAACAUCAAAAGGGAGCAGAUUGCCAAUUAACGCCUUGUAAUUCUAGCUGACUUCUUUGUAUACAUCUUCCUUAUUCAGGUGAGGUAGUUUUAUCAUAUCUUGGCCUGGAUUGCGAUACUAUAAAUUUGUUAAGGUGGCACUAAUUCCCAAUUCCCAAUGUGACGAGUUAUUUCAGAAUUUCACUUGCAUAUAAUGUAUAAAUAACGUUGGUUUUUUAUCAUAUGGGAUGCUUCACUAUAGUUUUGACAUGUAUAUACACAGACUACCACCUUUUUUCACCCCAUCGAUUUCAUGAUAUUUUUGCUAUGCUAUCGCUUUUAUGAAGUAUACAUGUCGCAUUUGUGAUGUGUAAGAUAGGGUUGAAAUGGAGUUUCAUUUUUGAAACAUAAAUUUGAGCCAUAACCAUACCCCAACCCUAAGUGCAGGCAGAAUUCAAUGCUAGGUCUU